UCAAAAUGAUUAUUAUUAAAUCCAUCAGACAAGAGAAGAACGGAAAAUGGAAGCUAUUCUGCAAGCUUUUGCCAGACUAGAAAAAAGAGAAAAAAGAAGAGAGCAGGCUUUGGAGAGAAUCAGCACAGCAAAAACUGAGGUUAAAUCAGAAUGCAAGGAAGCACAGAUUCUCAAUGACACUGAAUUUAUUCAGGAACCAGCAAAAGAAGAAACUGCCACCAAGCCUACCCCAGCCAAGGUGAACAGAGCUAAGCAGAGGAAGAGCUUCUCUCGGAGCAGAACUCACAUUGGCCAGCAGCGCAGGCGGCACCGGACCGUGAGCAUGUGUUCCGAUAUCCAGCCGCCUUCUCCCGACGUGGAAGUGACUUCACAACACAAUGAAACUGAGAAUGCUGCACUAGUGGCUGAGCCGGAAACAGAAACUGUUGUUACAGAAAUGGUUACUGAAACAGAAGCUCCAGCACUUAAUAAAUGCCCUUCUAAGUAUCCUAAAACAAAGAAGCACUUGGUCAAUGAAUGGUUAAGUGAAAAGAGUGAGAAAACAGGAAAACCUACAGACAGUCUUCCCGAAAGGCCUCUGCGUAUAACUACUGACCCUGAAGUCCUGGCAACUCAGCUGAAUUCUCUACCAGGUCUCACUUACAGCCCGCAUGUAUAUUCAACUCCAAAGCACUAUAUUCGUUUUACUUCACCGUUCCUUUCAGAAAAGAGGAGGAAAAAAGAAGCCAUGGAAAACAUUACUGGCUCUUGCAAGAAGCGUUGGUUGAAGCAGGCUUUGGAAGAAGAAAAUUCAACAACAAUUGAUAGAUUUAAUUCACCAUCUCAAGAGGGAUCUAGAAGCCCGGCCAUCAAUGGAGAAAAUAAGAGUCCUUUAUUGCUGAAUGACAGCUGUUCCUUAACAGAUCUAACCACGCCAUUAAAAAAACGAAGACUGUAUCAGCUAUUGGAGUCUGCUUUCUCAGAAACGUCCACACCUACUCCUUCUCCAUAUGCCACCCCAACUCAUGCCGACAUCACUGCCACGGAGCCGUCGCUUUUCGCUACUCCACCGAGGAUAAAAACGGAAGAUGAAACUUGUAGAAAUGGUUACAAGCCCAUAUACUCACCAGUUACUCCUGUAACUCCGUGUAUACAUGGAAAUACCAUGCACUUUGAGAAUAUUUCCUCACCUGACAGUUCCCCAGAAGUAAAAAGGAGAGCUUACAGUCAAGAGGGAUAUGACAGAGCAUCAAUUCUAGCACUGAAUUCUUUCAGAAGUUCAAAUCUGACAGAAAUGGGCCUGCAAGAAAUCAAGACUAUUGGAUAUUCCAGUCCAAGGAAUAGGACCGAUGUCACACGGCAGUGCACUGGAGAAAUGGAAUCUGUGUCAGACCUCCAGCUGGGACUCGAAGUAGUUGAGCAAAGUGCACUGCAUAAAAACCUGGAAGCCCCCACACAUGAUAGGACUGAUUCAAACAGCCAACUAGAAACUGCUCAUUGUGGCCGGGGAACAAUUUAUUCUUCCUGGGUAAAAAGUCCCGACAGGACAGGUGUAAAUUUCUCAAUGAAUUCUAAUUUGAGGGACUUGACACCUUCACAUCAGUUGGAGGUAGGAGGCGGAUUCAGAAUGAGUGAGUCAAAGUGCCUGAUUCAAGACGAUGCUAGAGGCAUGUUCAUGGAAGCAUCUGUUUUUUGUACUUCAGAAGAUGGAAUUGCAUCUGGCUUUGGAAGGGCUGUCAAUAACGACAACUUAAUGGACGGAAAUUGCACACCCCAGAAUCCUCCGCAAAAGAAAAAGGUAUCCUUACUAGAAUACCGUAAGAGACAGCGGGAAGCUCGGAAGAGUGGCUCAAAGACGGAGAACUUUCCCCUGGUGACUGUGUCUCCCCAUGCUGCUGCUGGAGGAAGCCUGAGCAGUAACAGCGGUGCUAGCGACGGGUUCAGCAACAGCGGGGAGAGCGGGGAGCCGUCGGAGAGCGCGGCGGGGCUGCCCGUGCCGCUGCCCGCCGCCGCCUACAGCGCGGCUCCGGAGGAGGCUGCCAGCAACGGUGCCAUGAAGGAGGCUGCUUCCAGCGACAAGAAUGAACCAGAAGUUCAGUGGACUGCAUCAACGUCUGUGGAACAAGUGAGAGAACGAAGUUACCAGAGAGCUUUACUUCUCAGUGAUCAUAGGAAAGACAAAGACAGUGAACCUGAUCCUGAAAACCCAGAGCCCACUUCUGAAUGUCCGUCCCCAGAUACUUCACAAAAGACUUGCAGGAGUCCUUCAAAAGCAAGCAAGCCUUCUUCCCCGAGUCCUGUAGUUUCAACGCAGUCGCUUGGGAAAACGACCACAAAAGCAGAUUCGCACUGGGAAACUGCAGCCACUGCCCCGGAGGCCGAGAGUGCGAAUCAGCCGAAAUCGGAGCUGCAACAGAAACAGCUGACAAGUAACGUCCAAGCACUUUCAAAAAACCACCCCUCUCAACCGCACCUGCGCGCUUCGGCUGAGCAGCUUUCCCAUGCGCAGAAGGUGCCGUCUGCACCCCUCAAGCUGCAUUGUCCCCCUUCGCCCCACGUGGAAAUCCCUCCCAAGCCCUCCACUCCGCACGGCCCCGGGCAGCACGUGACAGCACCGACCCUCUUGUUCACACAGUGCAUAAUCUCAUCACUGCAAGAGAAGGUGAAAGGCGCCCUGCCCUGCCUGCUCCUGCGAGGAGAGGGGCGCCGGGAGCACCUUCCUCGCACGCGGGUUCCCCCAGAGCGUCGCUGCAGCCCCGACUUCCCCGGGGCUCUCCCGUUCGUCACUCGGGCGCCUGCCCUCGUGUUCCCGAGCGGCACCGGGCAGAGCCCGUUACGAACGAGCGCAGGAAGCUGCUUCCCGGGGCCAGGCCAGGAAACCCCCCACCCUGCUGCAAGGUCCCGGGAGCAAAGAGCCCAAUGA